AUGGCCGCGCUGAAACCGUUGAAUCCCCGCAUGGGCAGAGAGCUUUCCCCAGACUGUCGGCAAUCCCCCGCAAAACUAGCGAUGAGUCUGAAGAAUCCCAACGCCGUUAUCAAUCGACGCGGAGCAAAGCUCCACCUGGCAGAAGACCGUGAAGUUGGGACGGACAAGACCGCAACCUCAACCGUACCAGCUCGACGCGAAUCCCAGAGUGCGGAAAAGGUUUCUAGGGCUUGCGAUAACUGCUCAAAGUCGAAGUCGAAAUGCCUGCUGAGGCCAGGCUCGCGGGUGUGUGAGAACUGCCGGUUCCUGGACGUGGCCUGCACGUUCCUCCGGACCGUCAAGAAGAGAGGCCCGCCCAAGGGAUAUGUCAACACGCUGGAGCAGAGGCUCGCGUCGCUGGAGAGCAUCGUCAGCGAGCUUCGAGCAGGUGCGCCGUGCAGCAGCAGCAGCAACAUUGAGCCUCCAGAAGAGCCCUCCAGCAGCAGUCACAGCAACAAACGUCAGGCGAGGGAAGAAGAUGUCGACGCAGCAAAAGUUCAUCAGAAAUUUCUCUCGCGACCGCCCCGUCCCCAGGAUGGCACGACGGAGAGAUCGACGGUGCUGGGCUACCUGUCGAUAGACGAGAACAUGACGAUGAGGUAUCACGGACCAACCUCAGGUCUCUACCUGAUCACCGCAUCUCGAGUGUUCGCGUCCCCAUUCUGGCAGUUCUCGAACCCGGGGUUCUGGCCUCGCAGCAAGCGGACGACCUUCCGGACUGAAGACGAGAUUGUAUCGGCUGCGGACGCGGUAGUUGGCGGUAUUCUUCCCAGUCUUGCAGUGCAGAACAAGCUGCUAGACGCCUACUGGGCCUAUAUCCAUCCGUACUUCCCGGUUAUUCACAAGGAAACGUUCCUGUUCCAGCUCAGCAAGGACCGACGAAGGAUCCCCCGUGCAGGGAGAUCUGCGCUCGAUCAGCUGGAGCGGCGCAUUCCGCAAGUCCUCCUGCUGUCGAUGUUCGCACUCUCUGCCCGGUUCGUCGAGCACCACGACCAGCAGGAGGACAGUGACCCUGGCGAUACCUAUGCCACGCGGGCGGAGGCUCUUCUUGCACAGCACACAAAGCAGCAUCAACUGCUGUCUGGCCCUGCUCAUGAUGGCGUAUCGAGAGAUUGGCACCGGCGGAUCAAUCAGUUGGAUGCCCAAGACCUAGGCUUCCACCGCGACCCAUCCGUGUGGAAGAACACAAGCUGCUUCCGGAACAUGUCGUCCGUUGAAAUCCAGAUCCGGCGGCUCAUCUGGUGGGGGAUCUUUGUCCUAGACCGAUACAUCUCCGCGUGGCAGGGCCGGCCGUGCGGCAUCCACGAGGAGGACUUUGACACCAAGUUCCCCGACGACAGUCCCCAGGGGUCGCGGGACCUUUCCCUGUCGUGUUUUGUGCAGGUUAUUCGGCUGUCUCAAAUACAAGGCCGAAUCCACCGCACCUUCUACUCCGUCGGAUCCAAGGAGCCAGACUGGGAGGAUCUGCACGAGUACGAACGCCACCUGGACGAGUGGGAAGCGCAGGUACCGGAUUUCCUCGCCGUUCGACAGGGGAGCCGACUUCCCGUGGUGGUAAUCAUGAUGCAUGCGCUGUUCUGGAACUGCAAGAUUCUGCUACAUCGGCCGUUCAUCACGCCCAACCUCAACGAGACGCGCCGCAACAACUCCUCCCUGCUAGCAGCGACGUCCGCCGCGGUGGCCAUCUCCAACCUUCUCGAGCACUUCACAUCGUCGUACAGCCUGAGCUUCGCGCCGCCGUUCUUCAACUACUUCGCCUUCACGGCCGCGAUCAUGCACCUGUUCAACCGGUCCAUGUACCCGCUGCUGUUCUCGCCGUCGGCGCUGAACCACUGCGUCGAGUGCUGCCGCAAGAUGAGCAGCAUCUGGUCGAGCGCGGCGCGGACGCUGCACAUCAUCGAGGGUGUGGACCACGAGAUCGAGAAUCCUAUGCCUGCGACAGCCGCUGCAGCGUCGUCGUCGAACUUAACCACUGCUCCUUCUGGCGCAGCAGGAGCAUCGUCAACCUCAUCAUUGACAGCGCUAGCGCAGCGAGACCACGGCGACAGCGACGAUCCGGCGUCGUACUGCCUCACCUCGUGGCCAUCUCCGAUCGUCGAUCCGGACUGGCUGUCGCUGGAGACGUGGCGGGCGGACGGGUCAGAGGAUAUCAUGGCUUCUUCUACGACGGGUCUAACUCGUGCAGCCAAUAUCAUUAUUGAGGCGCAACAAGCACCUACUUACCUAGACAGCCUACCUACCUACCUACAAGGAACUAAUACUUACUCCAUAGGUAGUGUCUUGCUUACCUGUGCGACUGUCUGCGCCGAGUCUCGUUUCUGGAUAAACAUGGCGAUUGAGGAAAGACCGUCAGGGGACCGUCCACGGGUCAUCAUCGUCGGCGCCGGAUUGGGCGGCCUCGCAUGCGCCAUGGCAAUGCACUACCAGGGAUUCGAGGUCGUGAUCUUCGAAAAGGUGCGUGAGUUCAUGCGCCUCGGCGAUAGUCUCGGUCUGGGCGAGAACGCCCUCAAGCUGCUGAAGCGAUGGGGUCUGUACGAACAGCUCAUCGCCAUCGGGAACAAGAGCCCCGAUAUGCAUAUCCGUCGGUGGAACGACGGCAAGAUAUUGGCUACCCAGCCGUUGAUGGAUAUGGCCGGAUAUAUCGGCCAUCGAGGCGACUAUCACCGUUGCUUCAUCCAACGCGUCGAGGAAUUGGGCAUGACCAUCAACAUGGGUCAUGAAGUCGUCUCCUUCGACGAAGACGCCCCCAGCGUCACGCUGAAGGAUGGUCGGACCUUCUACGCGGACCUGAUCGUCGGAGCCGACGGCAUCAAAUCGCGAGCCCGAGAGCUCGUCCUCGGCUUCAGCGACGCUCCCAAGAGCUCCGGCUAUGCGUGCUACCGCGCCUUCUUCAAGGGUGAUAUUCUCAAAGACAUCCCUCAGUGUCAGCCACUCCUGAAGCAGGACUGCGUCAAUAUCUGGAUCGGCGAAGAUAUGCACCUCGUUCAGAAUACCCUGAGAGAUGGCGAGGAGUUUAACUGGAUCAUCACCCACAAAGAUACAGAAGACAUCAAGGAGAGUUGGUUUCAGCCUGGAAAUAUGGAUGAUGUCAGGAAACUGGUGGAAGGAUGGGAUGAGACGAUCACAUCCGCUAUCAGGGUGACACCCAGCUGCCUCGACUGGAAGAUCUGUUAUCGCGCGCCGUUGCCUACGUGGGUCAGUAAAAGUGGGAAAAUCGCCCUCCUGGGGGACAGCUGCCAUCCACAUCUUCCGACCAGCGCGCAGGGAGCUUCUCAAGCCACAGAGAGUGCAGCAGUGCUAGCACUAUGCUUGAAGUUGGCAGGAAGGGAGAAUGUGCCAUUAGCACUGUCUGGAGAAGACCUGCGAAACCGGUGGCAUAAUGCACUCAAACACCUGGACUCCGGAGAAGAACUCGAUCCAGAUGAUAUCAAAAUCAAGAACCGAUGGCUGUAUCCUUACGACGCUGAGGAAGACACCAGAGCGCGGUGGAACGAAUUGAGUGCAAAGGUCAAGAAGGAGCUGGAAUCUGGAAAGAUCACGCCGCUCUUCGGAGACGAGGGCCCACCCCGAGUGCUCACAGUGCGAGACGCCUAUGGCAAAGUGAAGGAUGCCAACCCGACUCAAUACUCGCUGUUACCGGGCCUGACGGUGUGA